CACAUGAAUAAGGAACCGGGUAAACAAGGACAAAAAAUAUCAGGAAUCUUCCUCUCCUCGACCUACCAAAGGGAUCGAAAUCUAGCACAGUGGAUCUGGGCUGAUUCUGGCUGAAAGUCGGCGCACUCGGCUGAGAGUCAGACUCCGCUGACGUAAUAUGGCCCGAGCCUGGGCCGCCUUCGGCAGUAUUACUUAUGGCAAGUAUGCGGGGAUUGAGCUCGGGCCGAUUCUGGUGAGAGUUAUCUGGCUCAAAUGUAUAUAUUACUUGGGACUCGGACCGAUUGGGGCUACUCUCUGGCAGAUGAUUACACGGGCUGCUUUAUAUAAUGAACAUUUCAUUAUUUUUUUCCCAUAUUUUAUAAUUUUUUCUGUGAUCAAAAAAUACAAUUAACAUUUAAAUGAAAUUCUUUAAUAGUCCUGUGUAGUAUUUGGAUACUUUGUGCAAGGCAAUUGAUAAGCAUUAAAAACUUUGUGGAUGGAGCCUCCCGAGUGACGCAGCGGUCUAAGACACUGCAUCGCAGUGCAAACUGCAUGCUACAGAUGCUGGUUCGGGACCCGUGCCAGCUGCGACCGGGAGACCCAUUAGGUGACGCAAUUAGCCCAGCGUCGUCCGAGUUGGGAGAGGGUUCUGGUAAGAUGCCUUGCAAUGUCGGCUGAAUUCCUGUAGACAGAAACGGCCCGUUGUACUUGCAAAGUGAUCACAUAACCAGCUAAGGAACAUUAUAACACUUACAUCACCACAUUACAAUUUCAACUGAAUAUCAUUAAAUGUCUUCAUAUUCUGGGCAGUCGUUCAUUUUGAUUCCGGGCCGAUUCAAUCAGUUCCAGUCCCCCGGAAGAGGGCCGCUUCUGGGCCGAUUCCUCAUUGCUAGCUGGGGCAGCAUGAGUUCAUUAAUGGGUUGGCUGACAACGUUACGAAAAUUAUCUGCCAGCAUCGAUGUGGCCCAGAAGCCGUGAGUUAUUAUUACAGUCCAAAGGGAAUCCAUGCAACCGGCUAUACACUCAUAUCCCCCGUGGACCGGUCUGUACAUAAAACAUUCACCAUUCAGGCUGCAAAGGUGUUGAUUUCCUCCUUAACUUCAUUUAAUAGUGAGAAGGCAUAAAAAAACGGGGAAAAUAUGCAUACUUUCUUUAUGAAACACAAUUUUUCACCACUAUGCUUGAGUGGCUAAAUGCUAGUCCCGGAUGUGGCGUAUUGCGUUCAGCCAAUCAGGUUGCAGCAGUCUGUUUUUAAUUUACCCUUGCUCUGAACAAAUGACUGUAUAUGAUCACGUGACACCAUUAAUUCCUAUGUGACGACUCAAGCGCUUUGAAACUAAAUUAAGUCGGUUAAAAGGUAGAGUCAGCGAUAUGACGUAGAUGCAGAAAGUAAACAUUAUAGUGGGUCAGUUUCCGCAACAACUAAGCAUGUUGAAAUAGCUAUUCUACCCAACCCAAGCCCAACGGCCCUCGAUGUUACACAUGGGGUUAAGGCCUGUUUUUUUCAUCAAUAACUAGGGUAUGGGCCGGGCUCAGGUAACACUAAAUUGAUCACUAACAUUUUGAAGCUGAGCCAUUUGCUUGUGAUCUACUGUGCACUACAGUCAUAUUUGACUAGGAUCAUAACAUGGUGCCUCAACCUCAUAAAAUUUAAGACGGGUGAGAUUAUGAAAAAAAAAGUUUGGUCAGAUUUUAGAGUGACAAAGUAGCUAACAGCUAAGUGCUCUCAUGUCUCUUCAUUGAGCAGAGCAGCCCAAGUGGAGCCGUUGCUAUGGAUACUCACAGACUCAGAGCCACCAGCGGAGCGCAUGCAGAGCGAGCUGUGCGCAGGGAGCGAGUGACAGACAGAGAGGAGCAGCUAAUGGGUUUACUAACAAGUUAUUUCUGAUUUGGGGUUUCGGUCAGGGCCUGGCCUUACAUUUGGCAGAAGCAAUCGUGCCUGGGUAGGGUCUGAACGUUGUGUGCAUGGGUAGGGCUUGAGCUUAAAAUUCAUGCCUUUGCUGGGCUCUACGUUGAAGCUCGGGGCUCACUUUCUCUACUGUUUUGGUGCUCUGGCUACCAUGCUGUGAACAGCGUGAAGUGAAUCCGUGCACAUGCGCAGAUGCUGUGUGAGAGCGAAGUCUUUCAUCUCGCUCAUCUGCGGUGCUGCUCGUGACAACUUCACUGAGUCUACCUUUAAGAUGUAGACAACAUGCGCAGUUUGAGCUACUCCAGGAAGUACGCUGUGCCUAAUGUCAGGAAGUAGUACGGAUAUUUUCCCUGUUCCCCAGCCCCCCCGCCUACUCGCCAUUAAAUCCAGUUAAGGAGGAAAUGUAUGCUUUUGCAGCCCGAAUAGAGAAUAUUUUAUGUACGAACCGGUCCACGUAUAGCCGACUGCAUGGAUUCCCUUUGGACGGUAAGAUGAAACGUCUCAAUAUCGCCACCUGCUGGCCUUUGGUCUAGAUAGAAAGAAUGUGGGGGUGGGAUGUCUUGUUUCCUCUUCCGUCUCUGAUUGUGUGAAUUGCUUGCCCUUUUACUUUUGUCUUUCAGGUGUUUCAUGUGAGCCUGGUAUGAUCUGUCCUCAGUACUAUUUACACUGGAAGAAAAAAGGCCUGCCCAUUGGCAGAUGGUAUCCUUAUUCGACUUGGCUUCCUUUGGGAGAGGCUAACUGUGUGGCAGUAUGUCAAAUGGGAACGAGUCCUGCAUGUUCAGAGAUGGAGCCGAGUUUGUGGCCUGCAUCUUUCACGCAUUUGAGGAAUGGUCAGGACUAGGACCCCUGGAAGACUAUCUGAGCUAUCUGGAGUACCUGGCCUGGGUUUUCACCCCUCUGGUCGUUGUUUUCAUCCUGCCCUUCCUCAUUGUGAUCCUCCUCUACCUCUCCAUCCUCUUCCUCCAUGUGUACAAACACAAGAACCAGCUCAGGGAGGCCUACUCCAACAACAUGUGGGAUGGUGCUAGGAAAACUCUGGCAACGUUGUGGGAUGGCCACGGGUUCAUAUGGCACGGAUAUGAAAUCCACGGUAUGGAGAAGAUUCCAGAUGAAGGAGCAGCUCUUAUAGUCUAUUAUCAUGGGGCUAUUCCCAUCGACUAUUAUUACUUUCUGGCAAAUGUCAUAAUUCAGAAGGGACGGAUUGUUCACUCAGUCGCUGAUCACUUUCUGUUCAAAGUUCCAGGGUUCAAGCUGCUGUUGGAGGUGUUUAGUGUGAUCCAUGGGCCCCAGGAAGAGUGUGUGAAGGCACUGAAAAGUGGCCACCUCCUGGGCAUCUCACCUGGAGGCGUGAGGGAGGCGCUCCUCAGUGACGAGACCUAUCCACUGCUCUGGGGGAAGAGAAGGGGCUUCGCACAAGUGGCUAUCGAUUCCAAAGUGCCAAUAAUUCCAAUGUUUACUCAAAACGUCAGGGAAGGAUUCCGAUCUCUCGGCGGGUUAAGCUUUUUCAGAUGGUCGUAUGAAAAGUUCCGCGUGCCGAUGGCCCCUGUCUAUGGGGGAUUUCCUGUGAAGUUUCGUACAUACUUAGGUGACCCCAUCCCAUAUGACCCUAACAUUAGUGCAGCAGAGUUAGCUGAAAAGACCAAUCAAGCCGUUCAAGCACUCAUUGACAGACACCAAAUUAUUCCUGGGAAUGUCCUUCGAGCACUACUAGAGCGAUUCCACAGCAGGCAUAAAGAAAAAUAACCUUUUGAAUAGCCAUAGGGAAUAUCCUUUUUUGUUUUGUUAUAUGAAGCAGUUACAUAUUUUUAAGACAAACUGUCACAUAUUGAAAGUAUUAUCAUGUGAUCAUGUGAUCAGUUGAAUGGUUAACUACAGAUUUGGAUCUUCAUUUGAGCCAGUCUCCUAUAGCAGGAAAAUAAUCCUGUAGAUUAUAAUUAAUAGACAUUUUUGUAGCGGCUGAUACAUUUUUUGUAAGGAAAAUCAAGUUUGACAUUUCAAAAUGGAAAUUACAAACUUCAGAAGCCUUUUUAACCUCAAAUACACUACAAGUUCCUACAAGUUCCCUGCGAUGCAGGAAAGUUCUCCUAUAACAGGCUGAUCAAAUUAAGGUCCUGCACCUAUACACCUACAAUAAUAAUGUAUCUUCAGGAGAUUUUUGCCCUCAGUUUUUGUCACAAAACAAUAUGUACCGAAGGUAAAUUGUUAAGGUAUAAUAUUCCGUAAUUGAUUAAUGUCAAAUGUGCAUAUUGAAGAAAUUGUAUAGUGUUUUUUGCGAAAGUAUGUAUAUACUUUGAUUCCACAGUUGAUUUGCACACAUUGUUCUAAGUUCCACCACUGCCAACAAUUUCUAUUUAAGAGGCCUUUAUUUUGCUUAAUAACUGCAAAUAUUGAAACGAUAUAGCAAUUGCUAUAUAAGAAGCAAUAUAGGUAUGAAGACCGGGCAGCUUUAUUUCCUUUCACCUGGGUAAAAUGUUUGACAUUUUAUUUAAAUAAUGUAUUGUAUUGUGUACAUUAUGUGAGUAUGUACUGUAGUUGUAGCCUAUGCACCUUUUAAAUCUAUUGAGGUCCAUUAUGAAACAGGACAGAAAUUAUUUGUAAUGUUAAAAUAAAUAUAUUUUAUUAUGAGUUUUGUGUGUUACAAGUCAUUUCGGUUAUUACAAAUACUUUGUAUACUUAAAAAAUGGAAAUGGAGCAACAUACAGCUACACCAAGAUAUUUGAAGUGGUUUUGAAAAAAAUAUUUUAUUACAUUGUUCUUCCAUAAACAUGGGUACAUUCUCUGCACUAGUGUUUUUCAGUGUUUUAAUGUUUCGAUACGACUUUAAUCAAGUAAUUAUUUAUGGCCUAUGAAUCAAAUUUAACUAAUGUGCAAAAGUUCACUGUAAUGUGUAGCCUAUUCUAAAACAUGUUUAGUGUAUUUCUCUGUACUAAAAUGUAUUUCUCUGUACUAAAAUGUUUUGGUGCUAACUCUGAAGUAUUCUGCUUACAGGACGAGCAGAGUUUUGAAUGUUUGAGAUUGCUCAGUUUGUUCACAAUUCCUGGAGGAGAUGGGGAAAUGUACUUUGUAUUGUGGCUAGAUGGUAGCUGUACUUUCCAUGGUUAUUGUGUAUACUUUGUUAAAUGUUAUUUUGGUUUUCAGUACAAGGAAAAUGGUACUGUGUUUAGUAGCGUAUUGUAAGGCCAUGUGUGCUGGGUACCGGUCAGUGUAUGACACUUAAAUAAAUCAGAUCAAUAAUUUUUUUUUACCUAACUUGUCUUGACUUAAAAUGCUGCCCAAUGAAGGCAAUCCAAUAGUGAGAAUUAAAUAAUAUUUUUGAUAAAGAAUGA